GGGGAAGGAACACUGUGACGUACAAGGCUCUUGGAAAAGUGUGAGAGGGAGGAAUAUCCACAGUUUCAUCUUUCUAGGUUUGGGGUGUUCUUGGGAACAGAUGCUAUCAAACCCUGUAGCAUGAACGUCGAAUCGUGAAUCUUGCCAAAUACAUGUAAUCACAAGUUAUCUGAAAAUACUGAUAAGUUUACAUUCAAGACUGACACCGCCUUCCACAUGGCCUCGACCGUUGAUUUCAGGACUCACGCGGACCAAUCCUGCAGAUAUUCAGAAGAGUUUGUGAACAUCUAUUAUGACUGCAUGGAUAAGAAGAGAAGGCAUCUGACCAGGCUGUACUUGGACAAAGCCACCUUGGUAUGGAAUGGCAAUGCAGUCUCGGGACAAGAUGCCCUUGGAGACUUCUUUGAAUCCCUUCCAUCAAGUGAAUUCCAAGUGCACACACUGGACUGUCAACCAGUUCAUGAGCAAGCGACACAAGGCCAAACAACUUUGCUGGUAAUAACCGCAGGUUCAGUGAAGUUUGAUGGAAACAAACAGCGAUACUUCAAUCAAAACUUUUUGUUGACUGCACAGGCAUCGCCUAACAGUGAUCAGCCUGUCUGGAAAAUUGCCAGUGACUGUUUCCGGUUCCAAGAUUGGGCCAGCUGAAGUAGUGAUGUGGUUGUUGUGUGUUUGAUAUGAUUUUAAGUGUAAAUAAACAUUUUUUUUCCAA